AUGGAUUACUCACUGAGACUUAAUGUACCCUCUGAUAUAGUCCCUGAUCCUUCUCCUAUAUUGAGGGUAGCAGAUUCAAUAGCGUUUCCUCCAAUUGGCUCAGUAUAUUCGAAUCUUCGUUCGCUACCUUCAAAUAGGGAUACCGCCUUUAAGCUGGGGUGUAGUACACAAUCUUAUACAUCGUGGAAUGUAUCCUCUCGCUCAUUUGUAUCUGCAAUCUGUUACAAAGGUCUCGAUGUAGAAGCCUCUGAAAUACCAAUUCCGACCUCUGUUUGUUCAACUGGUCCUGAUGUAAAUGUUAGAGCUAGCUGCAGUGUUCAAACACAAAAGCAAACAUCACCAAUAGUAAAUUCCUCUACCACUGCACCACCAGCCAAACUGUCUACUUGGUAUUCUGAUACCUUGCCUGUACGAGUUGUGGAUACUCAGUCUAUUAAACCUGACUACGAACGUAACAUUCCAAUGCCAUAUAGUCCCUUAUUCAAAAGUAUGGAAAAUAUUCUUGCAGACCCCACUUUCCUCGUAGACGACGAAGACGAAGACGGCAAACCUAUAUAUAACGAGCGUUUAAAGCCAAUCUUAUCUCUCACGGAAUAUCUCCAGCCCAUAAAGUCUGAAAUAGAAAUUAUGUUUGAAGUUGCCCCCCUCGUAAGGCUAGGUUGCAUGUCGCUAUCAAUCUCAAAACAGUGUUACGAGACUGAGAUAAUAACUCGUCGCAUAAUAAGAGGGUUUGAACAAACUGAAUACUUGGGAUGUGAAAUAACACAGGAAACAAGGCGUACACCUGUUUCAAACAUAUUGGCAUGCACCUUAAAAGAGUUUACCGAAAUGUCCCAAAAAAAAUCAAUGGAUCCCGAUAACAUCUUUCAGGAUAACAAAUGGGAUGGGGAAUGGACAGCGGUACCAAUAAGCAAUCAGUUUGUUAAAAAUAGAUCUGCUGUGCCAUACAUUGGUAGCUUCCUGACAAGUGAAUUUUAUAACGGAAAGGUUAACCAUGUAUAUCGUGGAUAUUAUUCAAAUGCAGAAGGAACAAGAAAGACAGAGGCAAUUAUACGGACGAUUCCCUCAGCAAACAGCGUCUACAUUGGUGGGCCUAAAAAUAUAAUGCUGGUCUUAGUUGACGAAUUAAAUUCCUCUAAUAGAUCCAAUGUCAAACUCUUUAAUUUCAACGUUCCCAUUUAUACUGGUGCAGCUCAAGUUAAACCAGUCCAGUUUGGUCAGAUAUGGGAUGCUUGGUGGUGCAACAAUAAUCUGCUCUAUAUCGAAAGGGAUGUGCAGUUCGCCAUGGAUGAAGUUGAAAAACACCUUGCUGUGAAAAACGCUGCAAACAUAGCAACAUCGAUGCUGGCUGAGUUGUACUCUGCAGCUUACCUUGGUAUUGCCGUAGAGCCGAACCAAGAAAGUAUGACUUAUAACUGGCAAGUACCAGUCAGUGGUGGAUGGAGUCUGUAUCCUAAUGACAAAAUUUCUUCGGGUUCUAGUGCAAAGCUAAACUUUUGGUCGACGGCUGAUGGAGAUGACCAUAUAGCCGCACGACGCCGUAUUACAGGCUACAACUUCUCUGCGUUGACUUCCUGGCAUAGACCAUCAACCGGGGUGGUUAAUACUGAGUCACAAUCGUCAAUAUUUCCAAACACUGGACAAAUGCGGGUUUGGUCAACAACUGUACCAGUUCGCUAUUUACCAGGAUAUUCUAUCACAACGCUUAAUUCUGUAAUAAGAAUCUGUUUUUACGUAAAACUGUUGUUGGCACACAAGACAAUAGUGAAUAACAACUAUAUAGGAUCAUAUGUACACUUGCUUUCUAUGGUAAUGGGGGCCCAGACCUCACUGAUAUUCUCCCAGACCAACCUGUCCUUAUCAGUUUGGAGUGGGUAUUCAGUAGACAUGUUACACUAUGGUAUGAUGGAAAAAGUAUUGAAGGUUGCAACUCUGGGAAUAUCGAUUUAUUCAGACCAAGUGGCCAUCGUCAAAAAGUAUGGCAAGGAUGCAAUCAUUGAGUAUUAUGCCAUGGAUCCGUUUGAAAAUGUGAAUUGGUACUCUUAUACUCCUUACCCACACUUCCUCGUUCAGCAGUGGUCAUCUAAAAUUAACACGCUGAUUGGGAAUGACGACAACAGUUUAGAUUACUUUACAUCCCAUGAUGAUAAUGAGAACAUAUUGGGGAUCUUGCUUUCUAAAGAUACAUUGCAAUAUCGGUCAAAGUUAGCUUGCACCAUAAACACCGAUCAAUAUUUUCCUAUGGUUGUAUAUCCGCCGAAGAAUAUGAUGGCAUGGGUGGAUAACUGGUCUUACCUCUCGGAAAUCUCGGUGAACAUUUAUGCUGAUGUGAACAAGUCCAACUUGGCUUCAAACGAACUAGUACUGCCCAUGGUUUGCAAUGGACACAGUUCAAGGCCCGAGAUCUUUUCAUACAUUGUAGGGUCAUCCUAUGUGUACCGGGAUCCCAAAUUUCGAGAUACAGACUUCUCAGACAUAAAAUGGCACAAGCCCAAUGACCGUCUAUUAUAA